GCGGAGCCUUAAGUUUAUAAGGACGCGCCCUGGCUCAGGUACCACUUGUGUUGUACCUGUCUUCAAUGCUUUCUUACUUUUUUAGUUCCAACUAUUAACUUUUAACUUUUCCACAAUGCCUACCAAGUUGGAGAGCUGCAUGGACUGCUUAAUCAAGAUUUUCCAUCAUUACUCCGGAAAAGAAGGUGAUAAAUACAAACUGAACAAAGGGGAGCUCAAGUUACUUCUUCAGUGUGAACUCACAGACUUUUUAGCGUCUCAGAAGGACCCACGGCUGGUUGAAAAGAUAAUGGAAGACCUGGACAACAAUAAAGACAAUGAGGUGGAUUUUAAUGAGUUUGUCAUUCUGGUAGCAGCAUUGACAGUAGCAUGCAAUGAAUUCUUCGAGGAACAGCUGAGACAGAAGGAGGCAGGAGGGUGUCACUAAAAGUAAUAUAAAAUAUAACCUUUUAGCUAAAGAGUGUACUAGGUUAUAUUAGAGAAUUAUUCAACCUGUACAAAUCUUAAUGCUUGAAUAUAUGUUAAAAUGAGCUGCUGCUUUAUUAAACAAAAACAUAUAAAAGUUU